AUGAAGUUGAUAGCGAUUGUAUUUUGUGUAGUUUUGUCCACAGCAUAUUCAUAUGAAAAUUCAGAUAUAAAAUCUGCACGAAUCGAGACGUGCAGAGGAUGUUCACUAAACCGUCUUCCGGAAGUCAAGGAUUUUGUGAUGAAUGACGCCCCUAAAUACGACCGAGUUGAAGUAAAAUUCAUAACGGGCGCUAAUCCAGAACUAGUGAUGCUGGGAGAAGCAGAUCAGGAGCUGGAUCGUAUCCCGCUGUCUCACCUAAAGAGGGAAGAGUGCAAUGACCUACUGAAAGACAGGGGCUUCAUUCAGAAACCGAAGCAAUCUGAGUUAUAA